CAGUGGUUGCGGGGCGGAGGGAACGAGAGAGAGAGAGAGAGAGAGAGAGAGAAAAGAGAUAAGGGAGAGAGGCUCCGGGAACAGGGCGAGCGGACAGUUUCCCGAUGGCUCCCCGGCGGACCGGCCUCUUCCUCGGCCUUCUGCUGCUCGCACAUCACCUUAUUCUGCUCACAGCCUGCAAUGAAGCCUAUUACUCCUAUAUUAUCCAACAUAUUUGCUUGGAGUCCUUCAGAUUCCAAAUGACUGACAUUGGACAGAAGCUCUGGUGUGACUGGGAAGCUACACUAAGUUUCUAUUGGGAUCUUACCAACUGCACAUUCCUGAUUGCCAACAAGAUGGACUGUUUUUGGCCAAAUCAAGUGGUGGAUCAGUUCUUUGUCACCAUCCACAAGGAAUACUUUGCAAACUGUUCAGUUUCUGGAAGAGGCCUAGGGGAUCCCCCAAACAACAUUGUAGGGCCUUUCAUUAUGAUUCCAGUGAUGGUCACAUUGCUUAUGACAGCCCUUGUGGUCUGGAGAAGCAAACGAAAUGAAGGCAUUGUCUAAAGGUUUUACAACCUCUUUAGCGGCAGAGGACAUCACAGAUUUUAACCUUGAUCUAGUAAAGCAAUGGUACUGUUUCAGCCAACUUUAUAUUGGACAACAUCAACAGACUGAACUUCCAGAAUCUAAAGGUGAACCCAAACUCACUGUUGAACGAUCCUCUGGUACCUUAACAGCAAGUGGAAAACACAAGAUGUUCGAGGUACCACUGCUCCUAAUCAGGGAUAUAGGUCAAGUUUAACAAAUUGUUUCAAAAUAUUCUGUAUUAUCUUUCAAACUUUAAUACUUGGUUAAAGUUUUAAAUCACCUGGAACCAGCCAUUAAACAUUUGUGACUUUGGUGAUGAGUUUGACAAAUUUUAGACUGUUAGAUCAGAACAUGGCAAGCACUGAAUUCUCAGUGUGCUGAAAUUCAUGAUGUUUUUUUUCCUCGCUAAGUAACACAUUUGUGUAAGUUAUUGAUGUACUCUUGCAAGCUUUUGGUGUCUAUGCUGGAAGACAUGAAUUUUCUUUUCUGAUAGAGAACGAGUUGACCACACAUCGUUUCUGAAAUGUAAUAUAACACAAAUAUGUUCAACCCACUAACGCUCAUAGAGUGAGAGUGUGAAGGGAGAAGAAGUUGCCAGAAAGAUUAUAGCUAAAGAACCAUCAAAAUGUAACUUUUAAUUCAAUCCAGUAUGCUAAUUUUGUUAUGGGAUUUAAAAAAAAAUUAUCAUCGUGGUUGUCAGCAGUGCCCCUAUAAACCUAAUCCGUUGGGUGGUCUCACUGCUUUCUGAACGCAAAACAUUGCAUCGGCACUCAAAUCUUGGAUUCCGAACAGAAAAAAGGUUGGUAGGUGAAAUUCUGGGACGGCACAUGGGCCAUUCAUAGCAGGAACUGAUACGUUUUGGUGGAAACACAUUCAAAAAGAAAUUGAACAAAUAGUUAGAAGGGGAAAAUUUUGCAGGACUAUAAUGAAAAUAAAGUUUCUAACGGAACAAUUCUUAUACAUCUCUAUAACCGUGUCCAGUUAGAUCUGUGCUACCAUUGGCCCUCAACCAGGGUGAUGGCAGGGGAAGACUUUUAAUUGCUUCAAAUGUUUUUCAGCAGGAAUAGAAAAUUAUCACUUUCUGCUGCUGUUGACUACUGGUGGCUCUGUAUUAUUAGUCCCUGCUAGAAAAUACAAGUUUGGAUGUUCAGAGGCUAGAAUUGAAGCAGGCCUUUGUCUGCUGUCAAAUAGCCUCCAGUCCUCAUUGUGUGGAUCAGCCAAAAAUAAUGCAAUUGCUUUCCCUAAAGAUUAAAUAUCCUCAAGAGAGGAGGGAAAAGUGAGAGGAAAAUUUUAAAAGAAAUGCUUUUGUGAAGAUUGCAUCAUUGAGGAAAACAUUCACCUACAACACUUGCUAGGUAAAUGUAAAGUCACCCUAGGGCCAGGUGACCAUUGUCUCAUUAGAGGGGGCAUCUAGUAGUGGUUUAACGGCAGGGUCACUACACCUCAGGCAAGGGGAGAGGUUGAAAAGGAAAGUCCUUAGUGUAACACUUAUUAUAUUAAGCCAACAGAAUGCAAAUGGUGCCCCAGAAUCAGCAAAUAGAAACAGAAAAUGUUAGACUGUUCAACAGUCAGGCAAUAACACAAGAGACAGAAAUAACAUUUCACCUCAAUGACGUUUCAUGAGAAGUGGGAAAGGUGAAAGAUGUAACAGGAUUUAAGCAAAACCAGGAAAAAUGAUGGGGGCCAUGGGAGUCAAAAGGGAAGGUCUAUGAUCAGGUAAAAAGCAGGAGAGAUUAAUUGACAGGUGGGGUGAUGGAGCAAGGCAAAGUGGGAUUUAAAAUAAAAUAUAGCCAGAUUGGGGUGAUUAUCUACUGUAGGAUGAAUGCAAGACAGUAGAGCAGUAGGGAAAAUCUUACAGAAUCGGACAAGGUUGUCUGGGAAUGUGGUAGUGGAUAAACAGUACAGGCCUACGCCAACAUCUGGUUGUUUACAAAUAGAAAAUGCCCACCCCAAGCAAUAGCCUGCAUCUGUGCCCAGUUGCUCAGUCAUCCUGCAGUUGCACACUCUUUAAGAAAUUGGUAGCAGGGACAAAGAUCUGAAGCUGUGAGUGUAGAGAGGUCAAAGUGGGAGUGGAAAGGAGAACUGAAGCAGGUCAGGUCACCUGAGUAAAGGUGUUCAACAGUGGGAAUCACCUCAUCUACAUUUGGUCUCUCCAAUGUAGAGGUGAAUGCAUUGAGUAACAAAAACAAUUUACUAAGUUUGAAGUACAAGUAAAUCUCUUUUACCUGGAACAAGUGCUUGACACAAUGGGAAGGAAGAUGGCAACAGAUAAGUUCUUUAGCUCUUACAUUCACAUCAGAAAGUGCUGUAGGAAUGACCCAUCGUGCUGGGAAUGGGGUAAUGGAAGAUUGGACCAGGGUAUUGUUUGGUAGUGGUAAUAAUGACAGGGGGUGCAGUAUCACAUGUCAUUGUCCAGGCCCUUCAGCAUGGCCAAACAUGUAGCUGUCACCAAUCAUGGAUGGACUAGUAACUUGACACAGUACUGUGCAUGACAUAAUUGUGACUGGGUAUCAACCCAUCUGAUGUACACUUUAUGUGGAAGUCCAUAUAUACCAUAUCAUCACUCUCAUCGAAGGUCUGUUACCUCAUCAAAUAUUUGAAGCAAGUUAAACGUAGUUUGCCUUUAAAAUGUCUGUGGUAGCUUUCCUUAAUUAGGGAACACCUCCAUAAGUGACUGUUAAUAUUGUUUUGAAAUGGUUUCCCCACUGAGGUUAAACUGACUGGUCUGCAGUUGCUAGACUCAAACAAGGGUGUAGCAUUUGAGGUUUUCCAGUCAUCUGGCACCAGCCUUGUAUCUAAAGAGGAUUCAAAGAUUAUGGCCAGUGCCUCUGUAAUUUCGACCUUACAGCAUUUGGUAUCUUCAGAUCCUCUGAAGAUUUUUAUGAAAUUUAAGUACAGCCAGUUUUUUGAAUAUUUUCUCAUUAAUAAAUCUUCUUUCCAGUGUCUUACUUAUCUCCUUUUUCACUAUAACUUUGACAGCAUCUUCAUCUUUGGCAAAGACAGAUGCACAGUAUUUAUCUGGUACCUUAGCCAUAGAAUCUGCCUUCAGGAUAAAACUUGUAUUGGAGGAGAGAAGGAAUAGAGCGAGUGAGGUUGGAGGUGAGUGUUGGCAUCUGCAUGCUGUGGCUGAAGCCUUUCAGCUACAGUGUUUGUCCCCGGGUUCUGUACCGUUGUGUACCAGGAGCCACGGAGGAACAGCUGUCUCUGUUACCAGAAAUUUUUCUAAUUUAUCCAUCUCCCCUUAUUACACUUUUACGACUUAAAUACUUAUAGAAAACUUUUGAAUCCCCUUUUUAUUUUGAUGGCUAGACUUUUCUAAUACUCUGUCUUUGCUUCUAUCAUAGAUGAGUAACUGGGCAUGCAGUACUGUGUUUGGGAAUACAGAUUUUACAUAUCCUGGACUCAGAUUUGAACAUACAUUAUCACAUCAUGAACCACUAACUGGACAUCUGAUAUAAAAAAUACCCACAAAAAACAGGAGCAACCAAAGGUCAUCUGGUCCUUUUGAGUCUGCCCCACCAUUCCAUAAAAUCAUGGCUGAUUUCCAUUCUCAACUCUAUUUCCCAUGCCUAUCUGGAUCUAUUGAUUGCACAAGAAUUGAUAGCCUAUUUAUCUCAGCUUUGAAUAUACUAAAUGACUAGAAGGGGUCUGGUGGCACAAUGGUACUGUCCCUAUCACUGAACCAGGAGGUACGGGUUCAAAUCUCACCCGCUUCAAAAUUGUGUAAUAAUAUCUCUGAACAGAUUGAUCAGAGAAUAUUGAUACUCGACAUUCACUGUGGUAGACAAUUCUAACGAUUCGCGACUCUCCUACUCAGCUCAGUUUUAAAUGAUCAACUCCUUAUCCUGAGACCAUGCCCCUAAGCUCUAGAUUCUCCAGUCAACCAACUCUGUGUUUACUGUCAAGACCCCUCAGAAUCUUAUGUAUUCUGAUCAGAUUACUUCUCAUUAUUUUAAACUCCAGAGUAAAAAUCAUUCCAUUCAAUUUCUCCUCAUAGGACAACACUCUAAAGCUUGGGAAUCAACCUAAUAAACCUUCAAUGCACUACCUCUAAGGCAAGUAUUGCCUUUGUGACGCAAGAUGAAAAAUCUGCUCUGUACUCCAGAUCGGGUCUCACCCAAGCCCUGUAUAAUUGUGGCAAGACUCCGUACUCUCACACUCCAAUGUUUUCGCAAUAAUGACCAACAUGUAAUUUGCUUUCUUAAUUGUUUGCAAUUCUUGCACGCUAACUUCAAUGCUCCUUAUACGAGGAUAGCCAAAUUACUUUGCAUACCAACAUCUAAAAGUUUCAUAUUUAAAAAAAAAUUAAUUUUCUAUUCUAUUUAUCAAAGUGAAUAAUCUCAAAUUUUCCCAUGUUAUAUUCGAUUUUACCCACAGGUUUAAAAUCUAUGUUCCUUUGCAGCCUUCCUCACUUAUCAUCAUACGAAUUUGCACAUGUACAAAAAUCAAAGUACCUUACUCUUGAUCCGCUCAUCUAAGUCAUUAUCAUUCAUGAAGUUCUCACUUAAGGUUGCGGUUGUAUGCCUGAAUAGUUACGCUAAGGGAAGAAAUUUUAAAGUCUGAGUAAGGUUUAUGCAGAUACUUCUUGCCCAGAGAAAAACAAUGUACACAUUUUAAUUCUGUACAUGCAUGUGCAGCAUUGUGUAUUCUUAGCUGAAAUAACUUGUAAAAUGAGGCCAUAAAUAUUAAAUAAUUACUGUCUUCAUUGUUUCAACAUGAUAAUUUCUGGUAACAGAGACAGCUACUGCUCUGCGGCUCUUGGUACACAACAGUACAGAACC